AUGCGCCCAAGUUUUAAUCUCUACGGUGGGAAAAAGACACCUGCGACAAAACAAAGGUGGGGGUGGCGGCCCUCGCGUCGCACCUCACGCCGUGCAACGACACGAGACAAAUACGGGGUGCGCUCCGAGGGGCCGGGUCCCAAGUUCCAGUCGACCGGUGUUCCCCGGGGCCCGCUCCUCAGGGCUCACCCAACUUCCUCCGGAAGGGGCGCUCUGCCUCUAGUCGCUCGCCGGGCUCCCAGCCCCGACCCCAGACCCCUCGGACGUCCCCAUAGGCCUCGCUGGCGCCCCAACCGCCCACCCUCCGCUCCCCCCGCCGUGGCGGCCCCGACCCCAAGCCGGUGCCUACUACUCCCAACGGCGGGCUGGGGGCGCGGGCGCGGCGGGCGCUGCGGGCUGGAGGGCGGGAACCGCGGAAGAGAGGGCGCCCCACUUCCCCGCACCGCCCGGCCAGGCCCGCCGCGCACUGACCGGCUCGGGACAGCCCAGGCCCCUGGCGGCGAGCGCCGGACUCCUCAGCUUCGCUCUGCCACACCGCGCAGCCGCCGCCCGCGUCUUUUGUUGUCGCGGGUUCUCCUGGCAACCAGCGAAGCCCGCCUCCCGCCGCGUCCUCUCCUGGAUGCCGCGUCCUGGCCCCGCCCCCGAUCCUGGCCGCGCCCCCAAGCCCGCCGCGCAAGAGUCCUGCGUCCCCAGGAAGUCCGCAAAGGGCCAGCCCUUGGGCUUGCCUGCAAACCCGAGAUGUGUCCCACCAACGCGCUGGGACCGGUCUGUGAGGCCUGAGCGCAAGUAUCUUUCCACGGGUCCACUGAAGAACUCUGCAUAUGUCCCAUGGGAGACCAGCUUUGGGAUGCUUGUCCUACAGAGAAAAACAUCCAUGCCCAGUCCACUUUACCAGAAAAGCAGUAACAAACAGAAGAUUACAGUUAGACCAAAUUAAAUAAAGAAAUAUGUGCCCUUUUUGCCUAAAUCAUCUUCCCUCACCCACAUUUUGAGAAAGCUGGAUCCAGGAAAGAAAGGAAGUAUUAAGGAAACCACAGAUCAUACCUCUUCUCCCACUUUAA